AUGGCUAAACGAAAGUACAUGUCCAAAGUUGACGGCAAAAUCAACGUCGGAGAGAAGCACCAAGCGAAGAUUCCAGACCUGGUGGUGAAGGACGAAAAUGCGAAGGAUGCGGUGAGCACAGAAGUAGAGGAGCAAUUAAAUGCCAUUGGAGGUGACGUUCAAACGAAUAAGAGAGCCCGCGUGGAAGAGAAGAUGAAUGCUAAGGCUGGAGAAGGAGAAGCAAAUGCAGGUGAUCAGUUAGAACCCGAAAUUGCAAAUGCAGUAGCUGGAUCGAACCCAAAUGGUGAUAACAACAAUGCGGUCGCCACGAAUGAAGGAGACCACGCCGAUGCGAAUGAUACGAACGAAGCGGACCAGACGAACGACGCGGACCACGCGAAAGACGUGAACGACGCAACGCAAGACACAAACGUAGAAGAGACGACGUCAAACGACGUGGCAGAUAAUGCUAACACUUUAACUGAAGAGAAUCCAGACGACGCUGGAGCGAGCAAUGUUGCGGAGCCCUCUGCUGGAGGGAACUCCAAUGUAGAUGAUGUAGCGACGCCUGAGGACAAUGCAGAUUCGGCUGUCACGGAGGAGGUGAACAACGACACGGAUGGAAAUGCGAACGAGGCUGCGAGUGAGAAUGUUAAUGAGGAGGCCGCGCCGACGAAAAACGCAGAGUGA